GGAGGGGAAACGGACCUGGGGAGGAGACUAUGGGAAAGCCUGGGCGCGGGCCGGCGCUGGGGGAGAGGGAGGGCCCGCCGCCUCUGCUCCCCUGUGCUCUCGGGCGCUCGGAUCGGGGGGCAUCUCCUUCUUCACCCUCCUGCGGCCGCUCAGAGGGUGGCAGUGCGAUGGUGAGCGAGGCCCAGAAUUCUGGGUUCCGACUCCAGUCCUGCCUAGCCCACAGACUACCAGAGGACCCCAGCGAUCGGGCUCCGGGUGUCAGCGCCAUGAGGCUGCUCCUCGCCCUGCUGCUCCUGGGCCUGGCGGCCGGCUCACCCCCGCUGGACGACAACAAGAUCCCCAGCCUGUGCCCGGGGCACCCUGGCCUUCCAGGAACGCCGGGCCACCACGGCAGCCAGGGCCUGCCCGGCCGCGACGGCCGUGACGGCCGCGACGGCGCACCCGGGGCUCCUGGCGAGAAAGGCGAAGGCGGGCGUCCGGGACUGCCGGGGCCUCGUGGGGAGCCCGGGCCUCGAGGAGAGGCGGGACCCACGGGGGCGACCGGGCCUGCCGGGGAAUGCUCCGUACCGCCACGCUCCGCCUUCAGCGCCAAGCGCUCCGAGAGCCGGGUGCCUCCGCUGUCCGACGCGCCCCUACCCUUCGACCGCGUGCUGGUAAACGAGCAGGGACAUUACGACGCUGCCACCGGCAAGUUCACUUGCCAGGUGCCGGGGGUCUACUAUUUCGCAGUACACGCCACAGUCUACCGAGCCAGCCUGCAGUUCGAUCUGGUCAAGAAUGGCGUAUCCAUCGCCUCUUUCUUUCAGUUUUUUGGGGGGUGGCCCAAGCCAGCCUCACUCUCGGGGGGCGCCAUGGUGAGGCUGGAGCCCGAGGACCAGGUGUGGGUGCAGGUGGGCGUGGGAGAUUACAUUGGCAUCUACGCAAGCAUCAAGACAGACAGCACCUUCUCUGGAUUCCUGGUCUACUCUGACUGGCACAGCUCCCCGGUCUUCGCUUAGUGCCUACUGGAAAGUGAGCUCACCCCUCCCACUCCUAAAGGAGGGUGUGAUACUGACAGCCACAACACCCAGGGGGCUGGCUCCCCUGGAAUAUUGUGAAUAACAAGGGGUGUGGGAUAGGCGCCUCUCAGUCCUGCAGCCAGCGAGGAAUGGGGACAGAGGCUGUCUGAGAUCAGUUCUCACAGCGCAGGGCAGUGGCUGGAUUUCUGCCCAAGACCAAGGAAUGUGAGGUGCUGGCAAGUGUGAGUUCUCCGGUUGCUCUGGCCCAGGAUUCCACAGUGGGUGCUCUCUUCCUGGUCCUCUGCCUCUCUGGGUCCUCCCCCAUCCCUCUUACUCCUGGGGCCGGCCCUUUUCUCAGAGAUCACUCAAUAAAUCUACAAACCCUC